AUGCCGCCUAUCCUAUCGUUGCACCUACUCACGGAGGAAACACACUUGGCUUAUGUAACCCUACGCGAAGGCGAAGACCCCGAAGGCCUGCUAAGGCGCUUCCAGACAACUAUGCAGCGCUCCGGCAUACUGCGCGAACUGCGCAAUCGGCGCUUCUUCCGCACCAAGGGCGAGCAAACCCGCCUCGACAAGCAGCGCAGCCUGCGCCGCAUCCGCCGCCGCCGCAACCGCUAACCACGCCCUCAUCGAUCUUCAAUUGAAUGUCUCAUUAGCGCCGCCUUGUGCCAUCUUCCACAAGGCGGUUUGCAUUACCAACUUGUCCCUUCCCCCUCGACGGGGGAAGGUUAGGAUGGGGGUGAUGAAUCCCAUCCACCCAGCACAUCAUAAUAC